AUGAUAUGGGAUGAAUUAGAAGAAGUGUUUAAUGAUAUGAUGAAAAAUAUAGAGAAGGAUGGGGGGAAUGAUCAGGGACACUGUUCCACAUUGGGGAAGGACGACAAUCUCGACAGGCCGAAGGAGUUAUGUAAAUUAUUAUUAAGAAUAUCCUUCUGGAUGGAUGGAUUCGUGCGAGAAAACAAAGGGACAGUGCGAGACCGAUGGGUACCAAGGGAGAAGAGGAUAGAUGUAAGAAAAGAACAGGAGGAAUUGCAACAUUAUUAUAGAUGUUUGUUAGGAAAUGUGAUUAUAAUAAAGAUGUUAGGCACACAUUGUGACCUGGAAAAAGUAGCACAAACCGUUAGAGAUGGUAGGGGAUUCAUGAGGCUAAGUGUCGGAAAUACGGGGCCUGGGAACGAUGUAUGUAAGGGAGUGGAUGUCGGAAGUUUAAAUUUAGCGGGAAAAUUCAUGUGGGAGGAAAUUAAGGAAUGGAUAAAUGCAUAUAAGGGGACAGGGGGGGAAGCGAGGAGGUCAACCAUAGGAAUAAAACGACAGAACAAACUUCAGAGAAUAAGGGCCGAAGGACAAGACAAGACAUAUUGCCCACACGAGAAGAAAACCGAGAGGGAAACCUUGGAAAAAUUAGGAAUAACAGUCCCCGACGACUACGAUGAAGACAUAAAUCUACAGAACGACUCUGCUCCUUUGGAGAAGAAUGCUUUGGUAGAAUUAGUGAAGGACGUCAGGAGUAUAGUGGGUAACAAUAUAGGGAGGAAGGGGGGAGAGCUGGAUGAUACUGAUAUAAAGCAGAAAAUACAGGAAAAAAGGAAGGAAUUGGAUCAAGCUCUACAGAAGCAUAUACACCUCCCCAUCUCAGGCGGUGCCACCAGUAGUGAUUCUUGCGACCACUUCAAUAAAGUGAAGCAGAAAUGGUUUAAGAACAGAAAGCGCGAAGAAAAGAACUCAUGGGAUGUUGAUGAACCAAAAGGUAUUUGGGGGGAUAUCAAAGGACAAUUGGAUAAUCUGUCUAAUGCUAUCACGCAUGAAAGCACAGGGGACGAUGGUUCAUGCAAUAACGUUACACAGACAGAUGAAACAAACAAGGAAGCGAAUAUAAAAGCAUGUAAUUAUAUUGUUAAAGUACUGAAACAUAUAUAUGGUAUUACAGCAGAAAGUGAAAAAGCAGAGCAUAAGGAUAAUAGAACAUUUAGUCAAACUAUGGAAUGUGCAAUAUUGAAUGCAUUCAUAGAUAAAUUAAGGAAUGAAAAGCCUUGUGUAAAGGAUGAGGCCGUGAAUAAAGCAUUCGAGGUAGGGAAACAACAUAUGGAUAGUUGGUGUACAGAUAAGGAGAAAAAUGGUAAUUGUUAUGAAUGCACAAGGGGAAGUCAUCUGAAUUGCAAAAUAAACGAUAAGAAAAUAGGGGAAAAAUUAAAAAAGAAGCUCGACGAGGACAAGAACAUACAAAAUAUUAUGAAGGAUAUAUGUCAAACCACAUCUACGACACCAGCAAAGGAGACAGAAGGAACAGAAGAAACAGGGCCACCUGAAGUUUCAGAAGGGUCUACAAUACCCACCACACCUCCAAAGAAUAUUGCCGACACCGCUGUUAAUUGGAUGCGAGAGUCCAAGGGUCACGGUAGUGUCCAAAUUAGUAUUGAAAAUCCUUCUAGCACACAAAUUGACAUGGACCGAUCAUCUGAUCCGUAUGCAAAUGGUCCAAUUAUUACAGGGAAUGAUCCAGAUGUGUUGAUUCCCCUGCUGUCGUCACAGUUCCGGAAACACCCGUGGAACCUCAACCUGGGAGUGCUCAAACUGCUGAAGAUAUUGUUCUUCCUGGUGCAGGUGGUGGUACUGGUAGUACUAAACUACAAGGACCACCACAACAAGUAUUUUGCGUUACUUGGUAAGAGAAGAAAACGUUACAGAAGAGCUUAUCAAGUACGCGGUCCAUCCUUACAUGAACAGGUUAUAGAGCAUGGUAUGGACCAUCUUGGUCCACGUGAAUAUUAUUUAGUGAAGGAACGAAAACCUCGUUCUACGCCUAUAAAAAGGAGGAAAAAACGUUCUCGUCGCCGCAUGAUUAUUGAUAUUCAUUUAGAAGUGUUAAACGAAUGUCAAAAAGGGGAUGUGACAUUAUCGAAGGAAGACUUUUUUGAAAUAUUGGUUCAAGAGUUUAUGGGCUCCGGGUUCAUAGAGGAAGAAAGUGCACCUAAGGAGAAGGUUCAAUUUUUAGAUUCCGGAUUUUAG